AUGUCGGUCGCCCUGCAGGAUCCCAUAUCCACUGACGACUCCUCGUCCGAUAAUGCGGAGCCAAAGCCAAGGGCGCCUGUCAUGCUCCCUGAGCACGUCGCACACGCCAAAGACCUCCCCUACGCAGAAAGAGAAGAGCUACACGAGAACGAGGUCUAUGAACAGCUAGGAUUCUGCUUCCCCACAUGGAAGAAAUGGUCCAUCUUGACUGUCAUCUUCCUCGUACAAACCUCCAUGAACUUCAACACCUCGCUGUACUCCAAUGCCGUCAACGGUAUCUCCUAUGACUUCGGGGUCAGCAAGCAAGCCGCCCGUCUCGGGGCUGCCCUCUUCCUCAUCACGUACGCCUUCGGAUGCGAGCUGUGGGCGCCCUGGUCGGAGGAGUUCGGUCGCAAGCCCGUUCUACAAGCUUCAUUGUUUUUGGUCAACCUCUGGCAGAUCCCCGUCGCCCUGGCCCCCAACUUCGGUACCAUUCUGGUCUGUCGCUCCCUAGGCGGUCUGUCGACCGCAGGAGGAUCGGUAACCCUAGGAAUGGUCGCAGAUCUGUGGGAAGCCGAGGACCAACAGUAUGCCGUCGCCUUUGUCGUCUUCUCCUCCGUCGGAGGUUCGAUCCUGGGUCCCGUCGUCGGCGGCUUUACCGAGCAAUUCCUUGACUGGAAAUGGUCCAUCUGGAUUCAGUUGAUCUUUGGCGGCGCCAUCCAACUCGUACAUCUCCUCGUUGUUCCCGAAACUCGCACAGCUAUCAUGGUGGAUAGAAUCGCCAAGAAGAAACGCAAGGAAAACCCUCGACUCAAUAUCUAUGGUCCGAGUGAGACGCAGCCAUUCAAGGAACGAUUCAGCGCCAAGGAAAUUGUUUCCACCUGGCUGCGACCCUUCCAAAUGUUCUUGACGGAACCGAUCGUGCUCACCCUCAGCUUACUCUCCGGCUUCUCUGACGCGCUGAUCUUCAUGUUCAUUCAAUCCUUCGCCCUCGUGUACGAGCUCUGGAACUUCAAGCCAUUCGCCAUCGGUCUCGCCUUCCUGCCUAUCCUGAUCGGCUACUUCAUCGCCUGGGCCGCCUUCAUCCCGGCCUUCAAACGCAACAAGCACGACCGCCUAGCGCACCCUGGCGACGAAAAAGCCCAGUACGAAUCUCGCCUCUACUUUCUGCUCUGGCUGGCUCCCUGCCUUCCCAUCGGCCUACUGGGCUACGGAUACACCUGCACAGGUCCACCCCUUCAUUGGAUCGGCAGUAUGGUCUUCGCCGCCGUCAUCGGCAUCGCUAACUAUGCCAUCUACAUGGCAACAAUCGACUACAUGAUCUGCGCCUACGGCCCAUACUCCGCCUCCGCAACAGGCGGCAACGGCUGGUCUCGCGACAUCCUUGCCGGUAUCCUCACGUUGCCUGCCACGCCCUUCUUCCAAAACAUCGGCCCAAAAGAGAAAACGACAGCACCCAAUCACCUCAGUGACGCCUUCAUGAUCCUCUUUUGUAUCUCCAUCGUCCUCGUCGCCGCCGUCUACGUUAUCUACUGGUACGGUCCCGUCUUGCGCAAGCGUAGUCCCUUCGCGCAGCAACUUGCCAAGGCGAGUCAGGAGAAUAAUGGCCGCUCGAUGAGUGUGAAGCCGACGAAUUAUGGGAGCACGUCUGCGAGUAGGAGUGCAAGUGUUGCACGUGCGAGGAGCUCGAUUGCGGGUGGAAGAGGAAAUCUGACUGCUGCGCAUCAGGAGAGGUUGGAUAAGAUUGCGGAGGCGAAUGGAAUUGAGGGUGCAGGGGAGAAGGCGUGA